AUGAGGGAGGCCGGGAUCAUGCUGAUCAGCACCGCACUAACGUGCGUCGUUAUCGGCAAUGCGUACUAUCAGAGAAAACAGUUCUAUCCCACCGUCGUUCACAUAACCAAAUCCAAUCCGAGCAUGACCGUGAUCUACACGCAAGGAUUCAUACUUGCGUUCAUGAUAAACGCUUUCCUGCGAAAGAUUUUUUUCGGCACUCUGCGCGCUGCCGAGCUCGAGCAUUUGGUAGAAAAGGUCUGGUACGCUGUGACGGAAACUUGUCUGGCGUUUACAGUGUUCAGAGAUGACUUCAGCCCUAAGUUUAUAGCGUUAUUUACUCUCCUCUUGUUCCUAAAGUCGUUCCACUGGCUUGCAGAAGACCGUGUUGAUUAUAUGGAAAGAAGUCCAGUAAUAACAUGGUUAUUCCAUCUCAGAGUCGCUACUUUACUAAGUCUUUUGUUUGCCAUCAAUCUAACGAUGAUAAAUUAUGCCUAUAAUACAACAGCCACUAAAGGCCCCUCCGUACAACUCGUGUUUGGCUUUGAGUAUGCAAUUUUGCUGACUGUUGUCUUUAAUAUCACCGUAAAAUAUAUUUUGCAUACCAUUGAUUUGCAAAGUGAAACUCCAUGGGAUAACAAACCAGUGUUCCUGCUGUAUACAGAAUUGAUUAUUGGCAUAUUAAAGGUUUUCCUUUAUGUUGCCUUUGUAACUUUAAUGAUAAAGUUAUUUACGUUGCCCUUAUUUGCAUUGCGCCCUAUGUAUUAUACAAUGAGAGACUUCAAGAAAGCGUUCCAUGAUAUUGUAAUGUCUCGACGAGCUAUCAGAAACAUGAACACUCUUUAUCCAGAUGCAACAGCCGAGGAAUUAGCUGCUGCUGAUAAUGUUUGCAUUAUAUGUCGAGAGGAGAUGGUCACAGCUAGCAAAAAAUUGCCUUGUAAUCACAUCUUCCAUACCGCAUGUUUGCGUUCUUGGUUUCAACGUCAGCAGACGUGCCCGACGUGUCGAUUGAACAUUUUGAGGCCUACACCGAAUAAUACACCACCUAGACAGCAAAAUCCUCCCCAGCCUGGACCACAGGUGCCUCCACAACCUCCACAAGCACCUGGUGUCAACCCAAUCGGACCACCCUUUCAUUUCCCAGUAUUUUGGGCUGGAUUACCAGCUCCAGGUAUGCCACCACAACAGCAACAACAGCAGCAACAGCAACCGCAACAACAGCAACAACAGCAAUCUCAAAAUAAUGCUGGAAGUAGUUCCCCACCUCAAAAUCCAGUUCCACCUACUGGAAAUAUUCCGCUUUUCCCACCACUGUUUCCUGCAAUAGUACCAUUGCCACCUAUUCCCGUACCGCCACCAAAUUUAAUCGAAUUAAGUGAAGAAGAACUUAGAGCGAUGGAAGGUAAUUUGCGGCAGGCUGUUGAAGCCAGGAUACAAACGUUGCAAAGAAUUCAACUUUUGUUAGAUGCAGCCAACGCAAUGAUGAAUCAAUAUCAAACGGCAGCUGCUACCGCUAACAUUCCUGUAAACAAUAAUUCUACAAGCAAUAACGACAGUACAUCAGAUAUGUCCCCGAUGGAAAAACCAGGGCCAAGCGGUACGACAAGCACAAAUGCCGGAGGCAGUAGCGAUAGUUCUCAAGGCAAAGUAGAAAAUGCUCCUACUCCGACAACGUCGAAAGAAAAUACUUCUGCUCCGAGUUUAUUGAAGGAGGACGCGUCAACAAGUAACGAUACGAUCGAUUCAUCUAGGACUGAAUCUUCGAGCGAACAGGAAAUGCUGCGCAGACGUAGGUUACAAAAAUUUUCACCACCAACAGAAUAAAUAAAAACAAAAACUGUGUGAUAACUUAUGUAACAUAAUAGUUUUUAAACUUGGUUUAUUAUCGGCCUCAAUUAACAUGAGUGGUCAAUAAUUGAGGACUAUAAAAGCUAAAGUUUGGAUUUCGUGAUCGAUACGAGAGAGACAGCCUUGUUGAAUGAUCUCAUUCGAUCAGUGAUUAGUUAAUGGAAUUUUAAAAGAUAGAACUUUUGUAAGGAGAUCUCUAGCGAUUAUCAAAUCCAGGAUUUAGUAAAAACCGAGACUGAAAGUUUGAGACUCAAAUUACAAAACUAAAGGUUACACUACCAACAAAUCAUAAUCACAUGAAAGAAUGAUUUUACAAGAAUAACUAUUUUUUUUUUGUUUUUUUGUAAAUUAUUAUCAAAGUAUGGAGUGCAAGAAAUUAAUUUUAUUGGCGUUAUCAUUUUCAGAUUUAUUAACAUAUUUAUCUGUAUAUAAUUACAAAUUUUCUUGCUUCUCUACAUAAUCUUUAUAACUGUGCGAGAAAUUAUAUAAGUGUCACUACGUGACACUUUAAAAAUUAAUUUGAUAUGCAUAAAAAUGUAUUUGAGUAUCUUUAUCCAUAAGCUUUAAUGGAAAUUUCUUAUGUACAUUUAUAAUUAUAUUAUUAUGUAAAUAUGC